AUAAAUUAAUACAUGAGUCAUAAACAGCUAAUUAGAUAAUUAUAUUGUCGUUAAAAAAUUCUAGUGACGUACAUUAACAAAUUGAUGUGUUUAGUUGUGUUUUGUAAAAAGUUCUGUAAACAUUAACAAUGACUUCUGUUACGAAUGUACAUGCUCUUCAUGAAUUAAUGUCAAAUUCAAUAAAUUUAUCUGGAUCAACGAGUGAGACACCAACUACUCCUUUAGAAAUGAAUGAUGACAAUAUUAAAAAGCGAUUUGAGAAAAUAAAAAAAUCUCCAAAUGAUUCCCAGCUUUACCGAGGAUUAAUUUUAAAUAAUAACAUGAAAGUGUUGCUAAUAAGUGAUCCUACCACAGAUAAAAGUGCCAUUUCAUUGGACGUCAAUGUUGGCUACUUGAAUGAUCCAGCAGAAUUGCCAGGACUGGCUCAUUUUUGUGAACACAUGCUGUUUUUGGGUACCGAAAAAUACCCAGACAAAAAUUCAUACAACUCGUAUCUGUCUCAGCACGGCGGUAGUUCCAACGCAAUGACCCUACCGGAUUACACUCAGUACCAUUUUGAUGUAAGCCCAGAGUAUCUCGAGGGGGCGGUGGAUCGUUUUGCCCAAUUUUUUAUAGCUCCACUGUUUACCGAGUCUGCAACAGAGCUCGAGGUUCAAGCUGUUGAUUCAGAGCAUGAAAAAAAUAUCGCAAAUGACACGUGGCGGCAGGAUCAGCUGGAAAAAUCAUCAGCGGAUCCAAAUCAUCCGUACUCAAAAUUUGGAAGUGGACACCGUGGAACUCUGGAUUUAGGACCAAAGCAAAAAGGGAUAAACGUGAGAGAAGCGCUCCUGGAAUUUCACAAAACCUGGUACUCGGCCAAUAUUAUGGCGUUGAGUAUUCUUGGAAAGGAAAGUCUCGAUCAAUUGGAGAAAAUGGUAGUGGAUAAAUUUAGUCCGGUGGAAAAUAAAGGAGUAGAGGCACCAACUUGGCCGGAGCACCCGUUUAAUGAUAAUCACUUUGGUAAAAAGUGGAUGAUUGUACCGAUCAAAGAUAUCCGUGGUUUAAAGAUGAAUUUCCCACUGCCGGAUCUGAGCCAAUACUUUCGCUCUGGUCCGGGGCACUAUGUAUCUCAUUUGUUGGGUCACGAGGCUGAUGGAUCGCUCCUGUCAGCUCUUAAAAAAGCCGGUUGGUGUAAUGCAUUGGUUGCCGGGGAAAAACGAGCUGCCAGAGGUGGCUGCAAUUUUUUUUCCAUUUACGUAGACUUGACCGAGGAGGGAAUUAAUCACGUUGACGAUAUUGUUAAGCUUACUUUUCAGUAUAUAAAUAUGCUGAAAAUUAAGGGCCCACUUGAGUGGAUUUUUGACGAAUGCAAGCAGAUAGCUCACGUUGAUUUUAAUUUCAAGGAAAAAUUAUUGCCCAGAACAACUGUUAGUGUAACUGUACGUGCAUUGCAAAAGUAUCCAUUUGAGGAGGUACUCACCGGGCCUUAUUUGCCUACCGAGUGGCGUCCAGAUUUAAUAAAUACUGUUAUGGAUUGUUUGGUACCUGAAAAAAUUCGCAUUCACGUUGUUGGUAAAGUUUAUCAAAAUAUUGCUGAUCAAUCGGAAUUUUGGUACGGAACUAAAUACGCUAUUCAAGUUAUUCCCAAAGAAACUAUCGAGAGUUGGAGAAAUUCGGGAUUAUCUGACGAGUUAAAAAUUCCAGCUGCUAAUGAAUUUAUUCCCGAGUCAUUUGAAAUUAAAUGUAAUAGUAAUAGAGAAGAAAUAAAUAAAUUUCCUAAAAUAAUUUUAGACACUAGGCUGAUGCGAGUCUGGUUCAAACAAGACGACGAGUUUAAAGUACCAAAAGUAAAUCUUACUUUCGACUUUGUAAGUCCUUAUGCGUAUCUAGAUCCUUGUAACUUUAAUCUAACAAACUUAUACAUACAGUUAUUCAAAGACUCGCUUAAUGAGUACGCGUACAAUGCCAGUCUCGCACAAUUGAGCUGGGAAUUUAGUGCCAGUAAGAACGGCAUGACUCUGAUCGUUAGUGGAUACAAUGACAAACACCGGGUGCUGUUGAGUAAAAUAAUCGACAGGAUGGUUAAUUUUAAAGUUGACAAGCAGAGGUUUGAAAUAAUUAAGGAAAUUUAUAUUAGAAAUUUAAAAAAUUUUGAAGCUGAUCAACCGUAUCAGCAUGCUGUUUAUUAUUUGGCGGUUUUAUUGACCGAGCAAGGAUGGACUAAGGACGAAUUACUUGAAGCUACUGAAUUUUUAACUCUGGACAGGAUUGAAGAAUUUAUUCCAAAGUUGUUGACAAAAGUUCACAUUCAGUGUUUGAUUCACGGUAAUUUGACGGAAUCAGAGGCACUGGAAACAGUUAAAAUGGUUGAGAAUCAACUGACAAAGGAUCCACUGGACAGUGAAAAAAGUAAAACAAUAGUACCGUUAAUGCCGAAACAAUAUAUACUUAAUCGUGAAAUAAGUUUGGAUAAUGGUAGUCACUAUUUGUAUGAAAUAGAAAAUAAAUUACACAAAUCAUCGUGUACUGAAAUUUACUAUCAAGUGGGGUUACAAUCAACGGAAUCAAACAUGCAUCUGGAACUAUUGGGGCAGAUAAUAUCCGAGCCGUUUUUCGAUGUUCUCCGUACGCAAGAACAACUGGGUUACAUUGUAUUCAGUGGAAUACGUCGAGGGAAUGGAGUUCAAGGCCUGAGAGUAAUAAUACAGGGCGAUAGACAUCCCCAGUAUUUGGAAGAGCGCAUCGAAGCCUUUAUUCACUCGGUUCAGGAUCAAAUUGUUAACAUGUCCGAGGAUGAAUUCAAUCGGCAUAAAACUUCACUCGCCAAUCAACGUCUCGAAAAACCAAAAAAAAUGACUACACUAUCCGCUAUAUUUUGGAGCGAAAUAACUAAUCAGCAAUACAAUUUUGAUCGUGCAAACAUUGAAGUUGCCUAUUUACGUACCGUCACUAAAUCUCAAAUACUUGAUUUUUACAAUGAAACAAUAAAACAAUCACCUCAGAGACGUAAAUUGUCACUUCAUGUGGUAUCAACAGCCCCAGGUGGUGCAGGACACUCUGAAAAAUCAUCAGCAGAAUCACCAACAGCCCAAACUGAUACAACAACAUUGCCAAUUAAGAUAACAUACAUCUUGGCAUUCAAAUCGAGUCAAUCACUUUUCCCAAUUAUAAAACCUUUUAUUAAUAUUCCAAGAAAGGAUCAAAAAUCUAAGCUUUAAAUAUUAUUUUAAAUAUUUUUUAUUUAAUUUUUAUUUGAUCUCUCGCGAGAUAAAUCAUUGUCAAUUUUUUACAAAGCACCUAAACAUUUACUAUUUUAAUGAAAUGAUACAUCACUUUACACUUGUUUUGAACGCUAGUAUUGCUUUAUGGCAUAUAAAUUAUAAUGAUAAUAAUUUUUAAUAAAGUAAAUAAUUUAAUUGAGUUGAUAAAAUAAUUGUUGUUAAUAAUAAUAUUGAAGUUGUUGAGUCGGUAUGUGGUUGGUUGGUUUAUGCUGCGAUAUAAAAGUGUAUUUACAGCAAGUAAAAGGGAGAAGCAAGUUGUGAUGGAGCGGCGGCAAUCUGUUGGCUGUUAUUUUCUUAAUACUUAGUGCAUGGCUUAUGGGUAUUGCUUAGUAGUAAACUCUUUGCGGCGAGAGAGAUUACAACUUUUGUCUCUGGUCUCUCUAUAGUCUAAUGAUCGUAAGACAGGUACGAAAGGUGUACAACGUGGUGAUUGUUGUUGUAGUUGAGUUUAGCUGAGCGUAAAACGACACAACUUUUUUUAUUUUUUAUUUAUUUUUUAAAAAAGCACUUACUCUUCAGUAAGUCCUCCUCUAUCAUUCUACUCAGUGUUCAAAGAGUGCGUUCAACUCGUUCAGGUUUAUCCAUUUGACCAUUAGUAUUUUCUCUGCGCGUUAAUUUUUUCUUUAAAUAAUAAUUAUUAAAAUGGUGAUUUUAUUUAAAUAUAAUUGGUGAGUAAAUUUAAUUAAAGUCAUUUUUUUAAAUAAAAAAUGGGAUUUAAUAAUAAUAAUAAUAAUAAUAAGAGCGACGAACUCUUGGUCUUAGGUGAUACGCGAUUUGAAUUCAAGGUCACGAUAGUAAGUGUAGUAAGGUGUAGUGUUCAUUUCUCCUUGUCGUUGUUAUCCUUUCUUAUCCUUUAUCAUCCAAAGUUUAUCCUGAAUCCCCAGCACAUAGACAUACACACGAGUGCUCCGGUGAGUGUCAUCCUCUAAAGUUACUGAUAUUAACUAUAUAUAUAUGUCCUCUCUUCUGAUUAAUAUUAUCCUAACUCGUGUCACUCUUAUCAGCUAUUAUUUAAAACGGCUUAAACUUUUGUCAAUAUUUUUUAUACAUGAAUAAAUUUUUUUUUUUUUUUUUUUUUUUUUUUAAUUGUUUUACACUUUAAAACAGUGGUAUAUAAUUUUAAAUAUUUCGCAAAAAGUAACUUGCACUUUAUAUUUCUCAAUUAAAAUUUUUUUUAACAUUAAAUUCCAACCGUUGUAAAUUAGAUAAAAAUGAUUAAAGCUCGGUAAUAACCAGUUUAACCGCAGAUAAAAUUCUAAUUAAUUACAAAAUUACUUUCACAAAGGAUACGAGUUGGUUUGUUUUUUUUUUUUUUUUUUUUGAUAACCAUUGGUGCGUAUUAGAAGCAUUAUAAUAAUAUUUGUUGAAAUAAUAAUGGUCUAUGGUCUCGUUCUAUUUAUCGAUUGUUGUAUAUAAUAAUAUAAAAAGAUCAGAAAGGUGAAUCUCGUGUUCCAGUUCUCGAAAAUUAGAUGAUGAUAAAAGAAUUGAGAAUAGCUAGUUCCCAUCCAUAAUUCAUAAUUAUUGUUAUGAUACAAUAUAACACGCUCGUGUUAUAAAUAUUAUAUGGGUUAACAACAUAAUUUAUUAAAUUAAUAAUGAUAAAGUAAGUUAAUUUAAGGUAAAUAGUAGAAUUUAAAUGAUUGAAAUAAUGUUUGUCAAAGAACAAUUAAUCUGCCGAGUCGUUUUAUUUUAAAAUAUUAAUCUACUGAGUAGUAGAAGUGAAGUAAGUUUAAGUAAGUAAAAGUAGCUAGUGAAUUGUUCGUUUGAUUAUACUUAGCACCAGAGGACAAAGCUUUGAAUUAAAUCUUAAGAAUGAGAUAAUAACAGAAUAAGAGAAUAACUCUUACUCAAGGAGAGUUAUCAAUUCCUGUCUUACGCUCCAGUUAUUAUUAAAUCCUUAAUGCUUAUGGUUAUACUAAUUAUUAUUUUCAAUAUAUUUUAAUCGCCGGUAUGCUGGACCUUUAUAAUUAUUAUUAUCUAUUUUUCAAUCUAGAUUUAUUUUCUUUUAUUUAUUUUCCAUAGAUUGAUACUAUACAUACUAAUAAUGUAAAAAUAAAACAGCUCAUUAAAAUUACUUUAGCGUUAAAUUGUAAAUUGUCUGAAAUACGUGAAGAGUAUCUACAAGAGAACUGAAGAGAAAUUUAAAAAAUAUUGUGAGGUAGUGAGAGCACCAGAGGUCUAAUGUCGAUGCCCUCAAGGUUACAACCAACUGCCUUGAUCUUCCUGAUAAAAAUAUAAAACACAACCGGCCCUUAUUACGCAAAUAAUAUUACUUUAUGCAACAACUUUUACCAAA